ACCACCUUCUAAGGAAGGUUCCAGAGAAGAACCCCACCCCCACUCCAACCAGGUCACAAUGGCUGGAGCUUUGAGGGGCCCAGGCCCCCUGAGCCAGGAGGAGAGGAGGAAGUCCAAGGAAAGAUGGCUGGCAGUCACCCCUACUUCAACCUGCCUGACUUCACCCAGCCAUCGCCGCCCUCCACUCCACCCAGCCUGCCCUCGCACCAGCGCUGCCGGCCCUCUGAUGCCACCAAGGGCCUGCUUGUGGCCCUGCUGGGUGGGGGUCUGCCCGCUGGCUUCGUGGGCCCCUUCUCCCGUAUGGCUUACCAGGCUUCCCACUUGCCCUCAUUGGAGCUGCUCAUCUGCCGAUGCCUCUUUCAUCUCCCCAUUGCCCUGCUACUUAAACUGCGUGGUGACCCACUAUUGGGACCUCCUGAUUUCCGAGGCCGGGCCUGCCUCCAUGCCCUGCUCAACGUCCUCAGCAUUGGAUGUGCCUACAGUGCGGUUCAGGUGGUGCCUGCUGGCAACGCUGCCACAGUUCGCAAAGGCUCUUCCACUGUCUGCUCUGCUCUCCUUGCCCUCUGCCUCGAGAGCCAGGGUCUCAGCGGCUACGACUGGUGUGGACUGUUGGGCAGCACUCUAGGACUAAUCAUCAUUGUAGGACCUGGACUAGGAACACUGCAGGAGGGGACCACAGGCCUCUAUACUGCCCUGGGCUAUGUGCUGGCUUUCCUAGGAGGCCUGGCACUGUCGCUGGGGCUUCUGGUCUAUCGUUCCCUGCACUUCCCCUCCUGCCUUCCAACAGUGGCCUUCCUGUUUGGCUUGGUGGGGCUGCUGGGUUCUGUGCCAGGUCUUUUUGUACUGCAGACCCCUGUGCUGCCCAAUGACCCUCUGAGUUGGAGUUGUGUGGGAGCAGUGGGGAUCCUUGCCUUGGUCUCCUUUGUGUGUGUGAGCUAUGCAGUUACUAAGGCCCACCCUGCCCUGGUAUGUGCUGUCCUGCACUCUGAGGUGGUGGUGGCCCUGAUGCUGCAGUAUUACGUGCUUUAUGAGACUGUGGCACCUUCUGACAUUAUGGGGGCAGGGGUUGUGUUGGGCAGCAUUGCUAUCAUCACAGCCCAGAACCUCAGCUGUGAGAAGGAAGGGCAGGUGGAGGAGUGAGAGAUCCUGGGGAUUGGGGGGGGCAGGGGUAAAUAGAAAAGAGAGACUGAA